AAAGAAAAGGGGAUAAACUGAAUAAACAGGCAAAACAACCUCAACUGUCAAAACUCAGAGUACACACUCAGACCUUCUAAGCACCACAACCAUGGCUACCAUCAAACCACUAUACCCACUUUCUUCUACAUUAAAACACACUAUUCCCUCUUUGAGUCCAUGGAUUUCCUGCAAACCAAGUACAGAUUCAACAGCUUCUUUUAUUGCAUCAAACUUGAGCCGACAAGGAGGACAAGUAACAGUUUCUGUGGCAUUCAAUCCAUCUGGGAAUUACGACCUCUCUCUAUAUGAUGCUGAAGAUGAUUCACCAAAAGCUCCACCACCAAUGCCUCCAACCGAAGGCCGGUAUGAAAUAGUUAUUGAUAAUGAUGCUAUCCGUCGCCUUGACUUAGCCCCAUUUCACACUGCUACUGGAAUUACCUCACCUUUGUCUGCCGUGCCAAAGGAGUUUCUUGAACGCACAAUUGGCUUUACCAUUAACUACACAAAAGAAGAUCCAUAUGAUACUAGAGAACUAUCUGAAUUUCCAGAUAUAAGACUUUGGUUUGUUAGACUUGAUGCCACCUAUCCAUGGCUCCCUGUCCUGUUGGACUGGCGCGCUGGAGAGCUUGCUCGGUAUGCAGCCAUGUUGGUUCCUCACCAGAUGAGUAUGAGAAUGGGUGUAGUUUUCAACCCUGAGGCACUUGAAUUGUUUAUCAUGAAGAAGGUUUUUAUUGUAUACUCCUGGUUGAAGCAACAUAAUGUUCCCAAGCCUAGAUUGAAGACAAGUGACAUGGCCAAGAUGCUUGGAUUUGGGAUUGGCAAUGAGCUUUUUGACCUGAUUGACGAACAACCACUUGCUCCACCAUAGAUGAGGAAACCUAAAUAGCAUAACCCAUACAACAUUUGAAGAUUUUAGAUCAAAUUUCACAAUCUAUAUUGUUGAUUAUGAGUUUAAUCAACUUCUGAGAAAAGCUCCAAGCAAGUAAUGGACAUUCAGGAGGGCAAAUGUGCAUGAUGAUUCAAUCAUGGAACUUCAACCCGAUGCUUUCUAUAUAAAUUCCCCAAAUUUCCAACUGAUCCUUGAUAUUCGUAUCCUUUGUAUGAUAAUCUUAGACAUGCAGAGCUGUAAAUUUUUUGUUUCCAUUUAAGAACUUUGAA